AUGGAAGACCAAUUUUCUGAAGAUUAUCACCUUUCACUUCAGUAAGGUUCAAUCAUCUCUAUCUUUAAGCAUCUGCAAGACUCUCUGAUAGAUUCCAAGAUAAAUUUAAGCCAUAAUCUAUUUUUCUAGAUUAAAACCCUGUCCCAAACAAAUAUACAGAUACAUCUUAAUUACAACUUUGGGAAUCAAAUUCUGAUAAUCAAUUAAAAGAAUCUUAAUAAUAGCCUUCAAUAAAUGGGAUUAAUGUUCGGAAUUCAUUAGUUUUACAAGUAAUCCACAUAUUUUUUUUUAGAAUCGAACUAUGACUCACAUACCAACAAUCAAAAGAAUUAAAUAAAUCAUAAAUAGGAACAAAUUAUUAUUAGAUGUUAAAGAUAAACUAAUGAGAAUAGGUUAUAUCUAUCCUAAAAAUGAAAAAACCAAUCUCAUAAAUUUUCUAAAAGAAACUUAUUUAGGAGAAUCAAAUUAAGAUUAAAUGAGAAAAUAAAUCUUUUUUGAGCCAAUUAAAAUUAAACUUCCAACCUUCAGUCCAACAAGCAAAUUUAUCUUAAUUUGGUAAAUUUUUAGAAUUAUUUAAAUUAUGUUUUUAUUGUGGUGGGUUCCUUUCAAAAUUGCAUUUACUCCUCAAAGUUCUACUGAUAUUAUUAAUAUUGAACAAGCUUUAAUCUACUUUAUGAUUUUUGAUUUAAUAAUUAAAUUAAAUGUUGGCAUUAUUGAUCAAGGUUAAAUUAUGAAGGAUCGUCUUUUCAUCCUUCUUUAUUAUAUCAAAUAUGAAUUGUAUGAAGAUGUCAUUUAUUUAAUUACUCUGAUCAUCAUCAUAAGAGAAUAACCAAUAGAUACUUAUCUUAUUAAAGAAAUUAUUGUAUUAACUUAAUUCUUACUUAAUUUCAUUAAAUUAAAAAAGAAAAUUAAAACUUAUGAAGAAACUCUCACUACAUAAUCAACUCUUAUUGAAUUAGCUAAUUUAUCUUAAUUAAUUAUUGUGAUAUUUUAUUUUGCACAUUUUAUGGCUUGUGUUUGGUAUUAUGUUGGUAUUAAAAGUUUGGAUCAAUUUAAUGAAUCUUGGAUUAUUAAAUAUAAAUUAAUUGAUGCUCCAAUAUCAUUUUGUUAUGGAUAUUCAUUUUAUUGGGCUACUGCUACUAUGGUUACAGUAGGAUAUGGAGAUGUUACUGGAUAAAAUAUUUAUGAAGUUCUUUGUUCUAUUAUAUUAAUGUUCUUAGCAAGUGGAAUAUUUGCAUUUUCAAUUAAUUCUAUUGGUUAGAUAUUUAGUAACAUUGAUACACAAUAAUAAGUUUAUAAAAGAACACUUUUAUUAAUUAAUCAUUAUAUGUAAUUUAAUGAAGUUUAAAUAUCAUUAUAAAGUAGGAUUAGAAAUUAUAUUAAAUACUUCUUUGAAUAGGAAAAUACAGGAAAUAAAAAUGAAAUUGAUAUGGUUUUAAAUCAAUUAUCAAAUAAUUUGAGAUAAGAACUUUUAUAAGAUGUAUAAUUAAGAGUUUUGAAAUAAGCAGACUUUUUUAGAAAAAACUUCUCUCAAUCAACCAUUAGAUUAAUUGCUGAUCAUGUUAAAUUUUAGUAAUGCACUCCUAAAGAAUUAAUUUAUAAAUAAUAAAAUAAUGAUGAUAAAUCAGUUUAUAUUAUUUAAAAAGGAGAAAUACAAUUAAUAGAUGAUAAUUCUGGUAAGAUUCUUAAAAGUUUCACAAAGGGUUAAAGUUUUGGAGAAUUAGAAUUUCUAUCUUUUUAGGCAAGAUUUUGUAGUGCAUAUAGUGUAACAUUCAGUUAAUUAUAUAAAAUUUCAAGAGAAGAUUUUCUUAAUUUAAUAAAAGAUAAUGCAAUUGAUUAUUAAAAAUUUCAAUAAAUGAAAGAUUAAAUUUAGUUAAAAUAUCAAAAUGAAUAAUUUAAAUGUUAUGCAUGUAGUUAAAGCCAUCUUAUUUGGGAUUGUCACUUUCUAUUUUACAAGCCAAAUAUUGAAGCUUUAAUUAAAAAAUCAUUAUUUCACACUGAAUAACAAAGAUAAAAUUUUAAAAGAUCUGAUAAAAGAUAUUUGAAUAUUUUACAUAAGAGUUUAGAUAAUGAAGAUUCUCAAGAAUAAACAUAGAAAAUUGUUUCAAUUCCAUCUGAAACAUCUUCUGAAGAUUCCUUGUAAGAUAAUACUAAAAAUUAAUUAGAUAUAGAAUAAGAAAAAUAAAGAGAUUCUAUUUAUAAAUAAGGGCAAUAAUAUUAAUAAAGAAAUGUUUUGCCAUAACUUAAAUAAGGAUAAAUAGCUAUAGAAGAUCUUAAUUUUAAUCUUAAUAAAAGAUAAUCAAAUCGUUUAAGUAUAAGAUAAGCUGAUAAUGAUCUACCAAUAACACUAAAAAGAAAGUCUUUAUAAUCUAUAUUUCCAUAUGAUGUUAAAAAUUCUGCAUCAUCUUCUUAAUUGGCUCCAAUAAAAGAAGACAUUAGAAAGGAAAAUAAGGAAUAAAAUUAUCAUCUUAAAAGUUUUCAUUAAUUAGAUGAAUUAAUAGAUAACAAAUAUUAUGAUGAUGAGAUUGAUUCAGUGUUUUCAUUUUAGUAUUACUUUCCACUUAAUAAUGUUGAAACUGUUUUAUAAGAAUAUUAAAGAUUUCAAAAGUAAUUUAGAUAAAAAAAAAUUAAAGUUAUCAAAAGCAAAUAUAUGUUCCAUAAAAUUACAAAAAUAAACAAACAAAAAUAAAGUAAACAUAAGAAAGAUCAAGCAUCAGUAAAUUCUUUAGUAAUUAGAGAAAAUAUAUGA